AUGAAGAUAUUCGCUACCCUUCUAUUCCUCCUCUGCUCUGCCGUAGCCGUGGUUGCAACGACAACGUCACAGAGCGAAUCCGCGCAACAAUCCAUCAUAAUUACCCAGUCAGAUGUGGCUAUUCAUAGCAUGGCAGACGACCCGUUGCGCACUCAAUCUAAUCGGUGGCUGAGUCCAUUAAUUGGCCUGAAGACCUUCACGGAAGACGUGGGCGCGCGAGUGACCCUUCGCCCUCGUCUGAAAGCGCGAAAUGAGGGUACUCUAGGCCAAGCGCCGUGGUACGGGAUGGCUUUUGGGCUGGCAUGUACCACUCUUGCGGCGUUGAUGCUAGGAUGA